GUGGCGCCAUCGAGUUUCGCUUUUCGUUGUUCUCGGUACGUCGCUGCGGGCCGCUGAGCGCCGACUAGACGACAGUUUGCCCUGUGUGCCUGGACGGGGCGGGUGUGAUUUUGAUCGUUGUUUGUGACGUUACACGUUCUCCUAGCGGUAUCGCGUGAGAAAAAAGUGACAUUAACGCACGGUUCGUUCGAUCGGCACGAUCUCGGAUCACGAUAAUCGUUCAUACUCGCGUUCGAACUCGACACAUGAAGGAAAAAAUUGUCGGUGCAAAGUGGACGAGGAAAGAAGACAACGGUAGAACCGGCAACGAUUCCAGGAAUGACCCCACAUGAUCGUUUUCGUUCGCACGACGCUUUGACGAAUCGCGAUAUGACGCGAUGAUCUUGGAGGAGUUUUUUACGCCUACUUUGACUAGAUCACGCGUGGAUUUUUGCCGUCUUUUAUCCGCUGUCGAAUUAGUGUGUUCGGUGUGAAAAAUAUCAAGUGUUUCGAAGCGAGAGAAAAAGAGCAAAAGAAGGAAAAGUUAUUCUUGUUUGUUUACUCGAGUUGGUUGCGCGAGAGUCAUGGGUGAUGUGUACAGGCUAGUUAGUGACCUGCUCGUAAAGGAUACACCCACGGACAGAAGAAAAAUCGACCUUACCCUGCCACUCGCAAGAAUGAAUCACCAACGCGAGUCAUCGGAGCACCGUUCGUCGGCCGAUUCGCAACUACGCUCGUCACGGAUGCCCGCAUUCUGCGGAAUAAACACAGAGAGUCGAACCGAGGUAACAGGGAUGAAAGGAUUUCUUCGACUGUGUCGAGAAAGGACUGUGUCAGAUACUACGACGUAUCACGAUGUCAAGCGAUCAAGUCGACUGUCGGACAUUCAUUCACAGACGCCACGCUGCCGUGUGACCGUAUCGGCUACGCUGUUGCACCUGCUCGUCCUGGCUGUCACGUUCGCGCUCGGAACGGCUGCGAUCUGUCCAAACGGCUGCAUCUGCGACGACGACAACCUCGUGGUAUCCUGUAUAGGCGCGAAUUUGGACGUCAUACCGAUCGCCCUGAACCCGAGUAUCCAGCGGAUAGUGUUGAAGGAAAAUCGGAUAAAGAUAGUGGACGCGGCGGCGUUUCAAUUCUACGGGGAUCUGAAGAACGUCGAUCUAUCGAGCAAUCACCUGUUUACCAUUCCGAACGGGAGCUUCGACGCGCAAAAGCAACUGGUGGAGCUUCAUCUCAGACACAACAAGAUCUCAGCGUUGACGGAGAAGACGUUUCAAGGACUGAAAUCUCUAACGGUACUGAAUCUACGGGACAACUACUUGGAAAGUCUGAAGAACGGUCUGUUUGCCUCGUUAUCAAAGUUGGAGGAACUAGACUUGGGAAAGAAUCGCAUAUCGAAGGUAGAGCCAGGAGCUUUUCAAAAAUUGGGUACGCUGAGAGUGUUGCAUCUGGACGAUAAUCAGUUGAGAACGAUCCCGUCGCCAGCACUCGCGCCGUUGAACGCCUUGGCUGAGUUGCAUAUAGGUUGGAACGCCUUCUCGUCGCUUCCGGAUGACGCGUUCAAGGGAUUGGAACAGUUGACCGUGCUGGACAUUACCGGUGCUGGUUUAGACAACAUCAGCGACGGCGCUUUUCGAGGCUUAAACGCUCUGCGUACGUUGGAACUGGACGGAAACAAGUUACGGGAAGUGCCGACGAAACAGUUGGCGGUUCUGCCUCGCCUCGAAGAACUCACCUUGGGUCAAAACUUCUUCACGACUCUGAGAUCCGGAGCCUUUCAAGGCCUGUCCAAGUUGAAGAAGCUGGAUAUAUCAGCGGCGAAAUUGUUAACCACCGUCGAACGGGGAGCAUUCUCGGACAACGCCAAUCUAGAGACCCUGGUGUUGAACAGCAACAAACGGCUGACUACAAUGGAGGACGGUUCUCUGGCCGGUUUACCCAACUUGAGGCAUUUAAUGCUACGUGACAACGCGUUCACCGGCUUCUCAGAGUCUUUGGUAGCCUGGAACGAACUGCGUCGACUGGAUUUAAGCGAAAAUCCCUUGGUCUGCGAUUGUAGCUUGCUCUGGCUAGCCGAGGUUCUCGUCCCGAGAAACUCUAGUCCGGUAUUAUGCGCGGAACCUCCGGAAUCAAAAGGGAAACCCAUCAAGGGUAUGACACCUGACGAACUAGGCUGCGCCUUCUCCGAUCCCCGGAAACAAGCAUUGUUAGCGACUUUAUGCGUCGCUGGCUUUGCCUUGCUCACCGGCUUGGCCCUGAUCCUCUACUACAGAUGUCGUAGACACGUCAGGGACGCCUUGAAAGACUACAAAUGGAAGAAUCGCGGCAUUUCCCGCAAGGAACACGAGUACCAAAAGACCUUCUCCGAGGACGAGUACAUGGUCAGAUCCGCGUCCACCCACCAUCACCACCAUCAUCAUCAACCUCAGUCGCAACAGAUCCCUUCUCAUCAUCAUCAUCAUCAUCUUCAACAGCAACAGCUGCAACAGCAGCAGCAGCAGCAACAACAACAGCAACAGCAACAGCAUUCGCAGAUAGCGGCGGGCAUUAAACCUAUACCGGUAACGGAACUGUAG